AUGGAAACAAAGGAAGGAACAUUCCAAAAACAACAACAAGAUGUACCAGGGGUUCAAAGUGAAAUGAAUCCAGUACCAGAUUGUGGUGAAGAAACCUAUAAAGGUAAUAAUCGUUUAAGAGGUAGAAGAGUAUUAGUCACUGGGGGUGAUAGUGGUAUUGGUAGAGCAGUUACCAUUGCAAUGUUCCGUGAAGGUGCUGAUGUUUGUAUCUCUUAUUUACCAAGUGAAAAGAAAGAUGCUGAUUCUCUCAAAUGUUUAUUAGAGAAAGAGAUUAAAAACACAUCAGGUGGUGGCAGUGGUGGUGGUACAACUACAUGUGGUGGCAAAUUUGAAAUGAUUCAAGGUGAUUUGACAUGUGAAAAAUUCUGUAAAGAUUUAGUUGAAGAAACCAAGAAUAGAUUAGGAGGAUUGGAUACAUUGGUUUUGGUAGCUGGUAAACAAUGUGCCAAGAAUUGUAUAACUGAAAUCACCACAGAGCAAUUAAUGGAAACUUUCCAAGUAAAUGUAUUCUCAAUGUUCCAUAUUGUAAAGGCUGCUUUACCACAUCUUUCAAAGGGCUCAACAAUCACUACAACCACAUCAAUUGAGGCAUUCAGUGGUUCACCAUUCCUUUUGGAUUAUGCAACUUCAAAGGGUGCAAUUGUAUCAUUCACUCAAAGUUUAUCCAAACAAGUUGCACACAGAGGUAUUAGAGUAAACUCUGUUGCACCAGGACCAGUCUGGACCCCAAUUGAAAUCUCUGGUGGCUAUCCACAAGACAAACUUUCAACUUUUGGUAAAAAUACUCCAAUGGGUCGUGCUGGUCAACCUUCUGAAGUAGCACCAAUGUAUGUCUUUUUAGCAUCAUGUGAUUCAACCUAUUGUACUGGUGAUAUUUUCCCAGUUACUGGUGGUAAACAUCUUUAA